GGCCGCGGCCGCGCGUGCGCCCAGAAACCUCCCGGAACCCGAGGACUUAGGUACCACCCGCGUUCCUAGAACCUGCCCGGAACCAAGGGCCGGGGCCUCGGUUUCCGGCUCUGGCGGCGGAUCCUUGUUUUUGAGGGACAGUUCCGGAGGAGACCGAGGAAGACGCCGUCGCUGCUGUUGAGGAGACGCCGGCGCCGGCUGGGGGCGGGGGCCCGACCUCGGGGGCGCAGCAGGGACUUGGGGGGGAUUCAUGUGGGAGCGAGCGGAACUAGGGGCGAGGGAACAAAGUGGGGCCGGCCGGGCUUGGGGGCGCGUCCCCUCUCUGGGGGGUGGUGGUCCCAUUUUGGGGUAGAUGGAGGUCCUUUAAAUUGGGAGUGAAUGGGGGUUCCCCUUUUAUCUUAGGUAGGACCCCCUUGUUCUCGGGGUGUGGGCUCCCUUCCUGUGAUUUCCAGGUGAGGCGUCCCCCUUGAUCUAAGAGUGACAGCUUUCCUCUUGAUCUCCGGGUGAGGGUCCCCCUUUAUCUUGGGGCGAAGAGCCCUUGAUCUCAUGGUGUGGUUCCCCACGUUUUAGGGGUGAGGAGUCCUGAUCUUGGGGUGAGAAUUCACCUCCCUUUAAUUUGGGGGUUAAUUCCCCUUGAUCUCAGCGUGAGGGGUCCCCUUGAUUGCAGUGUUAGUUCCCCUUUUGAUCUCGGGGUGAGGGGCCCUCGAUCUCAGAAUGAGUAAUCCUCUUGAUUUUGGGGUGAUGGGGUCCUUUUAUAUUUUACUGAGUUUCUUUCUGUGAGGACCUCCCACCCCCUAUGGCCGAGGCCGGCCUGGAGGAGUUCCGCCGCCGCUGGCGGGAGGAGCUGGCCCUCCGAGAGGGGCCGGCCAAGAGGCGGCGGCCGGCGGGGCCGGAGCCGGAGCACCAGUGGCGGCGGCGGCGGCGGGGGAGCGGGGCGGAGGCGGCCCGCGAGCCCGAGCCCGUGUCGCAAUGGAGCAGCUGCGGGGCCGUGCGCGCCGCCCCCGGGGGUGCCCCUGCCCAGCCGACGGGGGCUGCGGUCGGCUACUUCGAGCUGGCCAAGAGCCUCCUAGAGAGCGGGGAGUGUCCGCUGGCCCCGCCCCCGCCCCGGACCGCAGGAGGGCCCUCCUGCUCCAGCACGGGACGGCCUUCCCCGGCCGCCGAAUCCCCCCAGCCCGAGCACCCCGAGAACGCCGGCGGCGACCGGCUGCUGGAGCAGCUCAUCCGAGACCUGAAUGAAAUCAACGAGAUCCCCUUCUUUGAUAUCCAGCUACCUUAUGAACUGGCAUUAAAGAUAUUUCAGUAUCUGAGCAGGACUGAACUCGGAAGGUGUGCUCAGGUGAGCAAGAUGUGGAAGGUUCUUGCAGAAGAUGAAGUGUUGUGGUACAGAUUGUGCCAACAGGAAGGGUACCUUCCAGAUACCAGCAUCUCUGAUUGCUCCUGCUGGAAACUUGUCUUCCAAGAAUCCCGGGCCAAGGAACACACGUUAAGAACCAACUGGAAGAAUCGCAAUGGUGCCGUGAGCCAGCUACAGUAUGAGCUUGGGAAAGUUCUCUGCGAUGUCCAUUCCUGCGACGGUGUUGUUAUUGCUGGAUAUACAUCAGGGGAUGUGCGGUUGUGGGACACCCGCACCUGGGACUACACAGCCCCCAUCCUGGAACCAAUGCAUGGUGCUGCUGAGCCUGGAUCUCAGCCACAUGUCUCCUUUGUGAGGAUAAACAACUCUCUGGCUGUAGCAGCUUAUGAGGAUGGGACUGUUAAUGUUUGGAGUCUGAUGAUUGGUCGUGAUCCGGUCCAUUGCUACCAGCACAACCUAAGAAUACAGGCAUUGGCACUCAGCCUAGAGGGUGCCACAAUUGCUACAGCAUCUGGCUUUGAAGUCAGAGUGGAAUGCCCCAAUGAGAAGGGAUAUUGGGAAACAGCAGCUAAUUUUGAAGUUCAGAAGUUGGUCAGCUUGCUUCAUCUGAUUCCAGAUGCUGGAAGAUAUCCGGUUGCUGUUGCAGCCGCUGAAGAUGUUGUCUACCUUCUGAAAGCAGAGAACCCGAGCCGCGUUCUGCAUUCUGUGUAUGGCCAGCCUGUCACGUGUCUGGAUGUCUCUUCUAAGGAAGCAGCCUUUGGUGUCAAAAGCUUAGGAUGGAUGAAUGAAGGAAACAAGAUACUGCUGUACAGUCUUCAAACAAGUCAGUGCCUGACCACACUGGGCAGCUCCCUGGGUGACUUCACAUGUGUCAACCUCCGGAACAGUCCCCCACACCUGCUGGUCACAGGCAAUAAGGACAGGAGGGUGAGGGUGUACGAUCUACGGAGCAGUACGUCCUUGUGUUCACUCUAUGCUCACCAAUUAGGAGUCUCUGCUGUUCAGAUGGAUGACUGGAAAAUUGUCAGUGGAGGCGAGGAAGGCCUGGUUUGUGUCUGGGACCAGCGGAUGGGCAACAAGCUAUGGGAAAUGCACGCCAGACACCCCGUGCGUCACAUCUGGUUCAAUACACACAGCCUUAUUACAGCCAACAUCCCUGAUGAGAAGAGCCCCCGGGGCGCCAGCCUUCUGGAUGAUGACUUGACUGCUCACCGAAGGCAUCGAGGAAUCAUCUACGCCUAUGAGUUUUCCACGGACCAGUUGGCUCUUGAAAGCAUUCUUCCCAUUUGCCGUUCAUCUUAUGAUGAAGUGGCUGGUUACAACUACAACAUUGGCCUGGCUGUCCCUUAUGACAACAUUUAGGGAAUGAUCUCUCCAUUUGGAAUGGAGAGGGCGGGAAGAACUUAGAGCCACUGCCCCACGUUGACACGUCAGAACCUACAGAGACCAACCUCUGCCAGACCCAGGCCCCGGCACCUUGGCGAUAAGUGGCCCUUUUCAACCCCGGCCUCACCUGGGCCAGCUUAGGCCCGGCAGUGGCAUCAGACCUCCAGAACAAAGAGUUGCUGAGGUACCGGCAUUGGACCCUAGACAAGAGAGAUUGAUCUGCUCAGCUCUGGGUCUGUUCCAGAGUGUCCAUGACCAUAGCCCUCUGUGUUAUGUCCUCCAGCAUAAGCCGGCAGCUCUGGAGGGAUCGGCUCCCAAGCAUCGGCUCAGCUUUAUUCAGAAUAAAGAAUGUAUCAGUACAAGGACCUUUUAAAAACAAUCUGCAACGAAACUGUUUCAUGCUUUAGAUUAAAUUUUCUUCGUAAAAUAAGCAGCUGCACAAUGGGAUAACUUUUCUGUUUUGGUCAAGGAGAGUUCUGGAUUUCCUGUCUUUUAAGAGGUCUUAGAAAUUCAGGGUAGUGUUCAUCCUGAAAACAGCUUUGUCCCAUCCAGACCUUUUGGUUUUUCAGAUGAGAGAAUAGAGAGAGACAGAGAGUUGGAGGAUGGGGGAAAUACAGAGAGGGAGUUGAGAGACCCAGCUGAGGGCAGGGGCCCAGGUCCCCUCCAGGCUGCAGCUUUGUUUUCUUUCAGAACAAACCACCUUUUUUGAAGAUUACUCUGAGCUUCCUUUCAACCCAAAGAUUCCACUAGGGUAACAUCAGCCAUCUAAAAUACUGGGGUGUUGGAGAGGUAUUAACUGUACUGGUCAUGGGUUGGUUUGACCCCCAGCUGGCCUUCCUCUAAUAACAUUUGACUUCUGCCAUGUUCUUCGCCCAUGCAUUGUCUUAAUGAGAACUGCAAAUGGACCUUUGGGCAAAAGUCAGUGCAUCUCAUCAUGCAUCGUUUCCAGUUUCUCUGCCCUGUUGUUUCCUGUACUGGAGCUAAAAUGUCCUGUCUGUUCCUUUCUUCUCUCUCAUUUCCUUCGUAAAUAUAUGUUGCUAUUUCUUUAAGUCUGUCAGGACUCAAAC